UGCAACACGCGAAUGGCGCUGUGGUACAUGAUUUGAACAAAUGGAAGAAACGGCAAACGAAAAGCCAGCAUAGUAGCAGACGUUGUCGGAUAAAUACUAAAAUAAUCAUUUCAGUUGAGCGUAAGGUAAAAUCCAUAUCAAGCAAAUCGUCAGGAUGGUGAAGCGCCUCAUGGAUAUGUGUUUGGGAUGCAUAGCCCAGAACCUUCACGUCAUCAGCAACGUCGGCAAACACCUCCCCACAUUGCACAAAGAGAAGAUACUCCAGUGGGUCGUGAAUCAUAAUAUGCUGACGACAGAAUACCUUCCACAUGUCACGUAUCAUCUCUUCUCUCCGGCACUGAGGUCCAUCUCGUUCGUUGAUUGUGAUCAGAUCACAGAUAAGCUUCUCAUACAGCUUGAUGACUGCAAGUGCGUUCUGGAGAGUAUCACGAUUGACGGGUGUAAAGUGACAGAUAUUGGUGUAACAGCCUUACUGAGCCAUCAGGAUGAACUGCAGACCCUGGUCUUGGAGAACAUAUCUGAGCUGACAGGGACAGGUUUAGAAGUCCUCAGGUCAAGGAAGUUAAAAGAUGUUCACUUCUCGGGCAUUCAAAUUACCAACGAAAGCCUAAUAGCACUUGUGACAAGAAAUCCAACAAUAUCAAGACUGGAUAUAGGUUGUUGCGGUAAGCUGACACAUGAAGUCAUCCCUGCAAUAGCAGUAACACUCGCAAAUGAACUUGAGAAUUUAAACCUUCAAAAGAUCCGCACAAUAGAGAAUAACGAUCUGGUUGUAUUAUCACAACAUUGCAAAAACUUAGAAGGGAUUGAUCUAUUUGGCUGUAGUGAAAUAACCAGUGCAGGGCUGAGGGCGCUGAGUAAAGAAUGCACCAAGCUCCAGCUUCUAGAUAUCUCCUUCUGCUACAGCCUCCUGCAAAGCUCCAGCAAGGAAUUCCUGACAGAGCUACCUCUAAGUCUCAAGACCCUUGUCCUGUCAGGGCUCCGGCUGGAUGGUGGAGAUAUCCAUACAGCGGUCUCAAGGUUACCAACGCUGGAGACUCUAAUACUCUGCGGGAAAAAUUUCAUUACUGAAGAACAUGCCAUAAAGAUUUUCGAGACGGUUGGGCCUCAGCUGAUAUGCUUGUGUAUAAGAGGCCACCGUCAGAUCAUAACCGAUGAUAUCCUGGGGCUUAUCGUCAAGAACUGUACAUCCUUAGAGAAGAUCCAUUUGGGAACACAUAUGAUGUUGACCGGUGAGUCGCUGAGGGUGCUGUUCAGAGAUCAGGAGAGAUCUAGAAACCUGACACAACUCAGGUUAUUUGGAUGCAAAUAUUUGAACCAUGAUAUCUUGCUAGAUAUGAGUAAAUCAUGCGUGAACCUGACCGAGCUUAACAUGGCGGGAGUCAAGUGCGUUGAUGACACCUUGCUCUUCUCCAUAGCAAACCACAUGCCUCAUCUGAAGCACAUCUCACUCGGGGCCUUUGUUGGUUUAGCUACUAAUCAGGUCACGGAUAACGGCGUUGUUGAACUGACAAGAUGCUGCCCUCUAGAGUCUAUCAGCCUUUCCGGAAUCCACAGCAUCACAGAUAAGAGUAUAUUUGCUCUCGCCAAUAACUGCCCUGAUCUCAAGAAUCUGUUUAUAGCAUGCUGCAGUAAGGUUACAACGCAAGCAACAAACUACCUGCAGGAUGUUUGUAAUGACAAGUUAUACGUCUACCAUCGCCUCCCCAAUGCUGAUCCAAAUCUUGUCAUGGCCAAGAAUCUCGACACUGGUGAAUUCUGUCGGGUCGAUCAGACAAAAUGGUCAAUGUGGUAACCAUAGCAACAAUAAUUUGUAUUUGAAUAUCUUUCUCAUGUCAUCAUCUAAAAAUAUUUGGUAAGUUCAUCAUUUGACAUAGCAUACUUAUAGUAACUGAAAUAGUGUAGAACUCGUCACACAAUAAUUCCUUAAUAUACUUGUAUAAUAUUUUAACCUGUAAAGUGGGCAAACCUCAUCGUCCCUUAAUGAUAGUUAUCAGAUUUCUCAUCCAUUGAGAAUCAAUUCAGAUAAUGUGGAAAUAUGAUAAAUAGUUUAAACAUUUUGAAAUGUAUUCAUUCAGGUAUAUGGUUAUAUGGUUAUUGCCUCAGAAUAAAAAUCUUGUUAAUUUGCGAAUUGAUAGCAGGGAUAUUUCAUUCAGAUAAGAUAUGGCACACAACGACAAUCCUACUCAUGCUAUUUGAGUAAUUAAGGGUGAAGGCCAUACAAAGAAAAGUGACAUUUUUGGAACUGUUUAAAUAUUGAGAUUAAUUGCAAACAGUACCACAUAAUCUAGAAUAGUUUUAUACUUUGAUCUCACCGGGAUAGCAGCUGCAAAAUCAUGUGUGCUGUAAAUAAUUACAUGUUUCGUGUAUUUUUAUAAACGCUGGUGGACUGGACUGAAAUUUGAUUCAGGAAUUCCUAUGCGACAUGCCCACUUUAAGAUACAUAUCAACCAACCCUCAGAUAAAAUAGACUGGCCCUCAAGCCUAAAACUUGAAAACUUCAGAAACUUCCCUGGUCCACUAUACCCCUGUGCUUAACAUAUGGACAAUGAUGGUAUAUUAAUAGUAUAUUAUAGAGAAAUAAUUGUAUUAGUCAUUAUUCACAAAUGGAUAUAUAAUUAGAUGAUCAUAUUUUUGUCAAUUAGAAUCAUUACUGCCAUCUUGGAAAUGCUUCCACAUGUUUAUGUGCCUCAGGGUAGAUAAUCAAAACUCCAUUUGUCAGAAAAAGGUUACAUCUCCACUCCAAAAUAGAGUGAAAUUGCCCUUACUCCUAAACCUAGGAAUUGGUUUCAUUUGUGGAAAAGGGUCCACUUAAUGUACCUCAAUGUCCCAUGUUUAUACACUCUUUGUGGCAUUAUUCCAGAACAUGUUGAUAUUUGAUAUUAGAAUUUGAUACAUCUAGAACUAAUGGAGAACCUUAUAAACAUUUCUGUUAAGUGCAAUUUCUCUUUUUAAUAAAAGUGAAGAGCAUCAUUUUCAUUCCUUGUACUUCAUCUUCUUUUAAAUGGUUGUUACUUUAUCAAAUAUACAUUCAUAGUUUGUCAAGUGAAUAUUAUUGUAAUUGCAUACACCCAUUUAUAUGGAUUGCUAACAUUCUUAUCGUUAUAUCAAUUAAUAUAAGAUUUUAGGAUCACACACAUGUACCGUAGUCAAGAAUCACAGGUCAAUUUACAUGGAAAUGAAUGUACUUUAUGUGAGUGAGUGCAGUAUAUACAUGGCCCCUGUCUCGACCUUGUUCAAAAUGAAUUACUAUUUUAUGAUCCUAUUUGAUUGACAUGUAGAAGCCACAAUUUCUUGUUCUGCUUUGCAUUUAAUGCAAAGGAUAUGUCUUUAAAGAGAAGAUGCAAGGAAUAUUUUUGCUAUCAUAUGUAUUUGUGCAUUUAAUGCCUAAAUUUUGAGUUAGUGAAUGACUUUGAAACAAUGUGGUCAGCAAUUCGUUCAUGUAUAGUAAUUUCAUCUACUAGUCUUGUUAACAAAUAUAUUUGCUCUAAGUUGAUGUUAUAUGUUGAUGGCCCAUUCAGAGGUCUCUUAGGAGAAUAUAUUUAGUACUCUCGACUACAUGUAUUAGGAAUUCCCCUGAUAAUGCCCUUCGACCAAGCUAUAGCCAUUUCAUAUCUUGACAUAAAGUAGUGCUUACAUGCUUCCUUUUGCUAUCUCUCAAAUGUGUCUUGGCAUAAGCAUGUAUGUAUAAAGAUUUCAUAUGUAUUUGCCAAGGUUUCUAUAACCAUGUAUGUAUCUGGCAUCGCGUACUUAAAAGCCAAUUAAUGGUUUUAUCUGCCCUAAAAGGUUUGUCAUUAGAUUUCUUUCAUUUUGAUUUUCGUUGAUAAAUAGCAAAAUCUAUUAAUUUUAAGCUCAUAUAAAGAUUUUUUCUUCUUCAAGUGGAAUAUGAUACUAAUGAGAGGUGAAAAGUAAUGUAUAGCCGAUACAGGACAUUAGUUCUAACAUGCAACCGAUUUAUGUAAACUUAAACAAGCUUUGCGUGCAUGAUGUUUAGAAACCUCUGUUAGCUUGCCGUUGAAACAUUUGUAAUUCCAUUUUCCUAUUUUCUAUAAAUUUCAUAUUAUGAUAUAGACCUUAAGUUAUAACACAAGUGAAACCCUCAAUAUUAUAUAAUGCUUAUUAAUCAUUGAUGGUGAUGAUUUUGGUGAUGAUAAUGAUGCAAUGACGACGUAUAUUACAGAAUCAUUGAAUGAUUUCUACAUUCUGCACACAGAUAAACAAGACUUUGUACUGAUUUUAUAUAUUGAAAUGUGUAUUUUAUAUACAAAUUUUAUUAAUACGUGUUGUAAGAAUUAGUUUAUGAACUUUUCUUUUGUUUUUUUCAGCUUUAACUUUAACAGUAUUAUGAGUUGUGUAUGUAGAAACCAUUAGCAAGGUAUAACUUUGCAUGUAUUAUAGUCUUUCAUGGAUAAAAUAAAUCAUAUUCUAUAGCAUAUUG